CUGCGGGUUAUCAUCUUCGACUCUCUAAACGGUAGAGUUAGGGUUACGUGCUCACAAGUUGCAGAGCCAAAUUUCCAAAUUGAACAAUGUCUGAUCACCACCAUUUUCCGGAGGAGCUCCAGAUCGAAAUCCUCAAAAGUCUCCCAGUCAAGUCCCUUCUACGCUUCACCGCCGUUUCCAAAUCCUGGUACUUCAUCAUCACCAGCCCCGCCUUCAUCUCCGCCCAUCGCCGCCACCAUAGGAACGGUAACUCCGCCACUAACCUCCUCCUCCUCCGACGUUAUGAUAAAUCCUACAAUGAGGAAAAAUAUUCCGUACUCAACGACACUGACCACCAAUUACUCACCCUCAAUAAUUCCUUCGAACUUAGCCUCCCAAUUUCAAGCCUAUCCGGGUAUUUUCGUACAGUUGGCUUCUAUAACGGCGUCGUUUGUUUAUCGGAUGAUCAUAAAGUCGAUUGUCGUAAUGUAACCCUGUGGAAUCCCAGUAUUCGGAAGCUUAGGACCUUACCUCGUCCCUCGAUUAGGCCAGCAUACCCAUUUAGGUUUGUACUUGGAUUCGGUGCUAGUCCACGAAGUGAUGAUGAUCUUAAGGUGGUGAGAGUUGUGUAUGCAAGGAAAGGUGUUCAUUUGGAUAAAUGCAGAAUCCCGCCUAAGGUUGAGAUCUUUUCUCUCAGUACUGGGCUGUGGAGAAGGAUAACAGCAACUGGGUUGAACUACUAUAUGGUCUAUCACGUUUGGACUCAGGUUUUUAUCAAUGGAGCAGUACAUUGGAUUGGGUACAAAUUGCUCGAGAAUCAAGGUUUUCAGAGUUUGAUUGUAGUUUUCACCAUGGCUGAUGAGUUGUUUGAUGAGAUUUUGCUCCCAGAUGAAUUGGCUCCGGUGAACCCAUCAAAUUUAUCUAUUAUGGUGUUUGAGGAGUUUGUUGCUGUUGUUAAGUAUAGUAGAAGGAUACAUGGUGGUUCGUGUGAAUUGUGGAUAAUGAAAGAGUAUGGAGUUGUGGAUUCUUGGACUAGGCUGCAUACUAUAGAAUUGGUGGGAAGGAUGGAAAAAAUUGUUGGCUUUAGGAAAAAUGGUGAAUUUUUGCUAUCUACUAACAAAAGUGAGCUGGUUUCCUACUGUCCAAAUACUAGAGUCUUCAAUGAUCUUGGCAUUCCUGGAAUCAAGCUCUCAUUUUAUGUUGAUAAAUAUUUGGAAUCCCUUGUUUUGCUGUUGUAGAUGGGCGAUAUGAAGAAAUCAGAAAUCUGGGAAUUGAAGAGAAGAUAGGUAAUAAAUGUGCCUUUUACGUGGUUGGAGACGCAUGUCGAGGAUCCGGCAUGUCUUUUACGUGAAAGAUAUAGGUUGGCCGGUUAGAGAGGUGUCGUCAAGUGUUUCAAUAUAAGGAAAAAGGUAGACGAGCGGUGAUUAGACAGUGCAUCAAGGGCCUUGUACUCGGUGAAGCAAGCAAAGAGGCUGGUUAUCUUCUCGAUUCUAAAUGUGAGUUUUUGGUCACACUAACCGACUGAUCGAAAAUUGUCUCGGUCUCUAGCUCUAUUUGGAGAGAGAUCAGAGCUGGUUGGUUAACGGUCGGGUCGUUACCUGCUCGGUCCAGCAUAUAUACAUUAUCAA